UGCAAAGGGCGGCUAGCUGUCGCCGGUGGAUACGUUUCACCUUGCUUGGGUUCUGCUUCUUCCUGCUUUUCCAAGAGAGGGCCAGCAGCAGACGAAGCGAGCAAAGCGCGCAGGAACCGCUCGGUCUGGUGAUUUUAAGGGGCGAGGUCGUGUUCUUGGGAGGCGGAGAGACACGAGCUCUCUCUUCCUGUCCUCUUUCCCGCGGCUUCUCUCUUGUCUUGCUCCAAGAGGGCAAAACUCGUCGGGGUAGGGAAAUGGCGGAGGUGAAGCCGGAGGAGAUAAGCCAUCCGCCCAUGGAGCAGCUCCAGGGGUUCGAGUACUGCAUCGACUCCAACCCUCCCUGGGGCGAGGCGAUCAUACUGGGCUUCCAGCACUACAUACUGGCGCUGGGCACGGCGGUGAUGAUCCCGACAGUGUUGGUUCCCAUGAUGGGCGGCGACGAUGGGGACAGGGUCAGGGUGGUGCAGACGCUGCUGUUCGUGACGGGGAUAAACACGCUGCUGCAGUCCCUCUUCGGGACCCGGCUGCCGACGGUCAUCGGCGGCUCCUACGCGUUCGUCAUCCCGAUAAUGGCCAUCAUCCAGGACCCGUCGCUUUCUGGGAUACCCGACGGUCAUGAGAGGUUCCUCGAGACCAUGAAGGCCAUACAGGGGGCACUGAUAGUGUCCUCCAGCAUUCAGAUCAUUCUGGGCUACAGCCAGCUGUGGGGUAUUUUCUCCAGAUUCUUCAGCCCAGUGGGGAUGACUCCAGUGGUUGCGCUGCUCGGAUUUGGCCUCUUCGAAAGAGGUUUCCCUGUGGUUGGGAGAUGCGUUGAGAUUGGCCUGCCAAUGCUGAUCCUCUUUGUCGUGCUGUCUCAGUAUCUGAAGAACAUACAGAUAAAAGAAAUCCCCAUACUGGAAAGGUUCUCCCUUUUCAUCUGUGUCGCGUUGGUAUGGGCGUACGCUCAGAUCCUCACUUCAGGUGGAGCCUAUAAGAACAGCGCCGAGGUCACCCAGAACAACUGCCGCACCGACAGAGCCAAUCUCAUCUCUUCUGCCCCAUGGAUUAAGAUCCCCUACCCACUGCAAUGGGGUGCGCCGACCUUCAACGCCGGCCAGUCAUUUGGGAUUGUGUCUGCUGUUUUGGUCUCGCUGGUAGAGUCCACAGCCUCCUACAAAGCCGCUGCUCGUCUUGCGAGUGCGACUCCACCUCCGGCUCACAUCCUCAGCAGAGGCAUUGGGUGGCAGGGAAUCGGCAUCCUCCUUGACGGGCUCUUUGGAACGGGGACUGGCUCCACUGUCUCAGUGGAGAACGUCGGGUUGCUUGGGUCGACAAGGAUCGGGAGCCGACGGGUCAUACAGAUCUCAGCUGGCUUCAUGAUCUUUUUCUCCAUGCUGGGGAAAUUUGGAGCCUUGUUCGCUUCCAUCCCGUUCACCAUCUUUGCGGCCGUGUACUGCGUCCUGUUCGGGCUAGUUGCUGCGGUGGGGCUGUCCUUCCUACAGUUCACUAACAUGAACUCCAUGCGCAACCUCUUUAUCGUCGGCGUCUCCAUCUUCCUUGGCCUGUCCGUCCCGGAAUACUUUUUCCGCUACACCAUGGCUGCUCAUCGUGGUCCUGCGCACACGAAAGCUGGAUGGUUCAACGACUACAUCAACACCAUCUUCUCGUCGCCGCCGACCGUGGGGCUGAUGGUGGCCGUGUUCCUGGACAACACGCUGGAGGUGAAGCAAGCCGGCAUGGACCGGGGGAUGCCGUGGUGGCAGCGGUUCCGGACGUUCAAGGGCGACAGCAGGAACGAGGAGUUCUACCGCCUGCCAUUCAACCUCAACCGCUUCUUCCCUCCGGCCUAAAAGUCAAGUCACUCAGACUCAGAUUGCUGAGCAGAGGCAUAGUGUAGCUUAUUUAUUGUUCCAUUCGUUCAUCUCUACUUGUUCGUGUUGUAGAUUAUUUUGGGGAGGUUCAGUAAGUAUACUUACUGCCCAAUCCACUAAAUGUGGUCGCCUACCGUUUUUUAUAUAUUUUUUUACAUGCUCCGUCCAAAAUAAGUACACUUUUCAA